AUGGGCAUAUCUAAAUUGGUGGGUGCCUUUUUUCCGGCUCCAAAACAGCUGGAAAUGCUGGAAAACAUGCUGGAAUUGGAACAGUACCAGGAAAUGCACGAUGUAUUGGGACAAAUCGAGUUUGAGUCGGAAGUGGUGGCCAGGAUCGAGGAAUUGGCGACCUCAAAGGUCCUGGGGGGCUUAGACGCAUUUUUGAGCAGUGAAAAUGACUCUUUGAAGGUCCAUCACUUUGGGCCGUUGCUAGCGAUUCUCGACAAGACCUUUGCAGAAUUUCAGAAAUGGGCGGCCCCAGCGCUUGUGGAUGCACCUACAGGGACGCUAGUUAUUUUGGCACUGCUAGAGGCCACUUUCACGGCGCGGAGUGGCCAGAAAUCUCUGCACGACCCACUUUUGUAUCGGACUCUAGUGGGCCUCUUAGCCAAUGAUGAGCGAAAAAUCUCAGAAGCAAGCUCUCAAGUGCUCAAAUGGCAAGCCACAGAACUGGGCCGUCUUUCACUGGAAGAUGCUGAUUUUGACGUUUUUGUUUGGACCGAAAUUCCGAAGUUGCUUGUUUUCGGUGACAGCUCGCCAGCCAAGUUCAAAAGUGGUCUGCUUUUCGUUUUGAGAGCACUGCUCUCAAAACUCACGUACAGCUCCGGCCAACUGACAGUAUUAAAAAGUGGUGCAUUCUGGAAGGCGUUGAAGGCUGGCCUUGCUCACGAAUCCCACGAAAUCCGCAAAUAUUCUCUGUCAAUAUUGCGACUUAUUCUAUCAUCUUUCCCCAAGGAGGAGUCCAUAAACAAUGAUCUCAUGCACUGGGAUUCCAGUGUAUCUGCCCAUGCGGUGGCUCAAGCUUCUUGGGCAAAAUUCAUCACUCUUUAUGAGAUUGUAGCGCUGGACACAGCUCUCAAUCAGCUUGAGGCUGCAAGUGGGGACAUUUUGGAUCUACUCGAGAACAAAUAUGUUGACUCUCAAUGGGGCCUUGUGCUUUUUUCAACCGGCCUGAAAGCUGCUAUGGAAAGUGUAAGACGGCAUACCGUCAAGCUCAUGUUCAAAGUGAAGGAUAAGUCUGUUUUUCACUCGAGCACACACGAGUUAGCCGCGUACUACCUACCAGUGUGCAUGUUCGCCCCUUACUUUAUUAUUGAGCAUGAAAAAUGUCUUUACGGCGAGGCUUUCAGCACCUUUGUGCAAGAACUUGUUGUUCAUACGAAGGAUAGUCAGUAUUCUCACAAGGUUCCAGCCAUGGUGUCGUCUAUUCUGAAAUGCUUAUAUGACAAUAGGAUGGCAUUUGAUCCUCCAAGAAUAUAUAUUUGCCUCGGGCUAUACCGGGCAUUGAAAGCUACAAGACUACAAGUUUUGAACGAAGACAACAUAGCCACAAUUUCGAAGCUUUUCGAGGUGCCCUCAGAGGAAGGCGUUUUUGAAUGCACAAUUCAGACCCUUUACCUAAAAAUGCUCAUGUACAUUGAAGUUGACAUUUCGCCCACAACCUGGAUAAAUUCGCUAGCGAGACACGUCCGUGCGAAUAAAGGAAGCUAUCAGUACAUCUCUCCUGUAUUAGACGACUUAGUGGAUGUCUCCUUGAAAUGUUUGAAUAAGGUCCAGGUCAGAGAAACUUGCUCCCAGCUCGCCACAGAUGACCAAACUUUGCAAGUGCUUGUAUACACAAUUUUUGAUACGAAACCUGAAGUUGUCGAUAUCGCGUUUUUGAAAGAGCUUGGGAGGCUGAAUAUCGGUCUGGACCAGUUCAAAACUGAGUAUGCCAACGAGUUUUACAAUUUGGUCAAUGCGAAAGCGGAUGAAGCCGACUAUCAAGAUUCGCAGCAUCUUGCAGAGCUACAAGUAUUCAGUACAAGCACCUGGAACAUUUUAAAUCUCGAUGCACUCUACUCUGAUAUCCUGGAAAGGUUCAAUGCCGACAAGUUUGGAUUUUUCACCGCAUGUUACACACAAACCGUAAAACACAGCAUGAAUCUGGUUCCCCUCAAUGUUAAAAGCUUGUUAGAUCUUUACAACAUUUUGAAGGUGCACACUAAAGAAACGAUGCUAGGAACCUUCAAAUACAAGGAUCACAUCUAUGGGGACUUCUUCUCGCUACUACUUCUAUUUUUGAAAACAACUGCCCUACAGAUUAGUUCCGAUUCGACUGAAGAUGAACUGGACAAAGUAGUUGCGCUCAUGACUGAAAAUGUUCAACAUGACAAUGGGAAUUACGAGGGAAAUCUUCGAAUUGUUGAGGUCUGCGAAUACAUUCUAGAUAGCUACAUUUUAGCCAGACUGCAAGAUUUUGAUGGAAGAGGCAAAAAUGAUCUUUCUAUUAUCCGGCAAAUCGUUGAUAUUCUCAGCACGAUAUGGGACUUUGUUGCCAAAGAUAGACUGGUGUUAAACCAAAGAACGCUUCACCUGAAGUUCAUUGACACACUUUUCCAUCCCACCAUUCUUUUCUUCGCGACGGGCCGUAAUACUGGCACAGAACUCGGUGCAACUCUAUUCAAGUACGGCGGCGAAAUAAUCGCUCAGUCAGUUUCAAGACGUACUUUUCUCCCAACUUUCAGCCGAAAAAUCAAUCAGUUCAUGGAGACUUUCGGAAAGCAACUACAUGGGAACGAACAUGAUUACUUAUGGUUGAUUGACCUCAUUUUCCAAGCAUUCGUCCAGGGCCAAACCACCGUCAACGCGUUUAGAUUGAAGCCGAUUAUUUCAGAUAUAUUCGAUGAGCAAGUCGACAGUUUACGCGGCAGAUUUGGACGACUUUACGAAAAGGUUUAUCAAAUUCCAGAAAUUUCGUACCGGGUCUAUCUCAUAAGUUCGGUGCUCAAUUCAAGUGACGAAUUUCUUCAGGAUCUUUUUGUCAGAAUGAUGGAAAAUGAUAACAACCUUUUAAGGCCAGCCAAGAGCACAAACGGGGCAGAAGAGCUUGAAAGAUUACUCAAGUGGCAGCUCUUAAUGUUGAGCAUUAAAAAUAUCGAUUCACAGGUUUUAAGACGUUGCGUUUCCAACGAAAUUUUGCGGAGCGUCUCAACUGAGACCUCACCGCUUGUGCGCGUUUAUUCAGAGUGGAUAGUCGCAUUCGAUAUCUCCCAGACAUGCUCCGGUGUCAACGCUAGUGAGACUGAAACUGCUCUGUUCGAAAUGUUGGAAGAUCAGACAAAACCACUCUUAGCAGUGACCGCAACAAGGAUUCUUUUUGUUACGCUGAAAAGUGCCCUUGGUAAAAAAGACUGCGAAAGACUGCUUAAAAAAUUUCUUUCCAAAGUCAUUCCUAACUGUGCUUCCAACAAGCCAUUGGUGAGGCACUUUUCGAACUCUCUGAUGCUAACUUUAUGGCCUUUGGUGAGAGAAUUUGUGGUCGAGAGCACACUGCUGAGUGUCAUAGAAAAUCUAUGUUCCAAUGCUGAAAGGCUACAAGUGCAUGGCCAAUUUAGGCUGGGCGAUGCAGUUAUAUGGGAUCUUGAACAAGAUUUGAAUCUCACUAGCAUCUUCGGAGGCGUACUGAUGAAGUUAAGCGAUCACAGUGUUCCAUAUAUCAAUGCGCUUACGUUCAACAAGUACCUGACUUCGAGAGACAGAUUUCCAGUAGGCAGAGAUGAGUCUGACUUGUGGCUAGACAAAAGACCAGGUUUAAAGCAGCCCACGGAAGCACUCCCACAGAAGGGCUCACCACUUCAAACGAAAAGUGGUGCUUGGGAGGCGGUAAUGAAUCUAGCUGAGAAAAAAUCCGGAGGCACCGUGAAGCGCACGCCGCUGAUUGUAGUUGCCUCUUUGGUGGACAAAGCACCCAACCUUGGGGGUAUCUGUAGAUUAUGCGAUGUCUUGGGUGCCGGGCUUCUUACUGUCCACGACAUAAGAGUUAAGGAAAACUCUCAAUUCAAAAGCGUAGCGGUCACCGCUGAUCGCUGGAUGCCAAUGGAGGCUGUAGCUGUCGAUGAGAUAGUCCAGUUCAUGAGGGCAAAGAAAAAAGAAGGAUACACUUUAAUAGGGUUGGAGCAAACAGAUAAGUCUUUAAAGCUAGACAACCAUUAUUCAUUUCCCGCCAAGAGUUUGAUUUUAUUAGGAACAGAGGCUGAAGGUAUUCCUGGUCACUUGCUCAGUGAACUAGAUUUGUGUUUGGAGAUCAAACAGUCAGGAGUGAUCCGGUCAAUGAAUAUCCAAACAGCAACUGCAGUAAUUGUGCACUCAUACUCGGCACAGCAUACGUAA